GCGGUGGCUGUCACGGUGGUAGGACGUGUUUUUGUGCCGCUCCCGGGCAACUUCAGUUCUUUGGCGGUUUUGUGUUCCAUUUUUUGCGCAGUGUGUAUCGAUCAACGCGUUACGUCGUUCUGCGUCGACUGGUCCAAACCGCGAGAAAAUCGGCCUAGUUUUCGCGGAGAAAUUGCGAUUUUUCCGCUCACCACGAGUUUUUUGCUACCGUGUUACGCAAAUCGAGUUUUGUUCUAAAAAGUGCGCGUUCGGGCCGGUGUCGGUUUAGAGUCGGCCUGAUAAGACCCACCGCACCCUCCCGGAGGGGUCGGUGUAUCGCGCGCCCCCCUCGGACCCCCUGGAACGGGGAAAACCAGCGACCCUAGCUCUUGCGCCGCCGUGCAGAUUGCGGCCAAACUACAAGCGCCACGAUCGCGCGCUGUGGCUCAAAGGACGCGGCCGGAGCAGACGAAACCAGGGACACCUUCCACGACGAGGUCCGACAAAUAGCGGGUGAGUAAACCUAAGUUUCACUUACCCCCUAUCUCUUUACACGGCCGCCCAAAGCCGCCCAGGUGAAAACGGCGAAACGGAGAAACAGCUGAUUUCCGCGUCGGGAAACAGCUGUCGUCACGUGACCGACGACGGUGACCAGCUGACGGCGUGUGACCAAGUGACGACGUACAAGUGACGGCGACACUCGUCCCUUGGCGGCAAAUUCGAAUUUGCCUCCAAAACCAGUUUUUCGCUGAUAACUCGGCGGGAAUUCAUUUUAGAGCGUCGGGAGCAAAAAUUUGCCCUCCCAAAACCCUCUGUCCUACCACGACCGCACCGGAUCCGAUUCCGAAGACUCGUACCCCCUAGCCCCCCCAGGAAGGGGGGAGGAUAGGGACAGUGAGCGACAGACACGUGAUCCGAGGGGGGUAGUGACAAGUGCGAAGUCAGCGCAGCAGGGUGCCGAUACCUUCGGAUUUGGCCCCUGCACUGCACUGUCAAGUGAGAAGUGAUAGCAGCAAAGGGGGCAAGGGUCACCGGACCUUCCCCCUUGCCAUGGACUCCUCAUCGGAGCCAUGUGCAGAUAGUGGUAAGUCCACUUUGGCGGAGAAAUUAAUCGCCUCACAAGCAGCUACUUCAGGCGCAGCAGCUGGUAGCAGUGAGGAUGGAGGGAAUUCCACGGCUUCACCAUAUGCGAUGGUCAAGAUCUUGGGCGGGCGGAUUCAAUAUCUGAAUGGCGUUCUGUCGCAGUUGUUCACCAAGGCCCAGGGUUUGGAAGCGUCCCUUGAUAAACUCCGGAGCGACCCUGCUAAAGUCGCUAUUCAUGAGACCCUCUCGGUGAUAAGAGUCCUGCGGGGCUGCAAAGAAGAAAUUGCGAAAGCAUACAACGCUGCAGCAAUUAGGAUUAAGGAGGUAGACGUUAACACAGCUCUAGAGCACCCACGCAAACUAAAUAGCGAUGCAGAGACUCAAAGUCCCUGUUGGUGGGACACUAUGCCCCAGACCAACAUCGGGGUAGGCAGUUCGGGCGGUGGUCCCGAGAAAUGGACAGAGGUGGUCAAGAAGAGGCAGGCUAAGAAGCAAGUUCCAUCUACGGAGGGUGCGCCAGCACAAAGUGCGAAGCCAGAUACAAAAAAGGAGAGUACUCGGCCGCGGGUACGAAGUCGCCCUCAAGCGAUAUUGGUAGGCGUGAAAGCUGAAGAGUUCCCAGCACUCGCUAAGAAAAUUCGCGGUGGUGUAGAUCACGGCGUUAUUGGUGACAGUGUUGUGGGAAUGCGACAGGCAAAAUCUGGGGGGCUUCUAAUCGAGGUCCGCGGUGAUCAAGACAAAUUGGAGGCAGUACGUGCGGAGAUCUCCCGCUCCGCGGGCACUGAGUUCGAGGUGCGCGCACUGCAGCAAAAGGUAUUGAUCGAGGUCAGAGACCUCGACCAAUGGACAACCGCGGACGAAGUGAUGGAAGCCAUGGCUACCGCCACUGGUAGUCCGCCUGAGUCGCUUAAGGUUGUCAGCCUCAGGAAGAGGUACGAAGGGACUCAGAUGGCUCUGGUUUCGUUGCCGAUUGGAUCUUCCCGCGGAGUACUGAGCACAGGGCGUCUCCGAGUCGGUAUGGUGAGUUGCAGACUCAGAAUGGCCGAAGGGAAACCAAGAUGUUUCCGCUGUUUCACUCAUGGGCACAUGGCCAGGGAGUGCAAUGGUCCAGAUAGGUCUGGGUGCUGCAGGCGGUGCGGAGAGACCGGCCACAAGGCGGUCAGUUGCGGUGCCGCUGAACAAGCGGUAAGCGCCUUUGCCAGGGUGGUGCAAGGGUCCAAAUCUAUGCCUAGCGCUGGAUCAUAUCGCUCGGGUGGAGCGACGGAGGACCAAAGCACACCCAAAUGAUCCGCGUCCUCCAGAUUAA